AUGUCACUAUUCCUCUACCACAGCAAGCCAUCAAAUGAAUUGCUUCAUAUUAUCACACCUCUUGCCACAAAGCACAAAGGGUUUAAAUUUUGGGUGGAGUGCAAGCAGCUUGUGGGCAACAUGCAACGGCGGUUGUGCCAUUUUUCUCAAGCAGAGGUUGAAAUAAAGCAAGCAUUGCAGCAAUGUCAAGAGAGAGGAUACAAGACUGGUGAAGCACAAUGCUUGCAGAGCCUUGGUGAGAUCCUGCAGAUGCAAGACAGAUACACUGAAGCAAGGGAGCAUCUGCAGGAAGCUCUUGGCUUAUUCAAGGACACAGGAGACAGGCUUGGCGAAGCCCAAUGCAUGCAAAGCCUUGGGGAGAUUCUGCGGAUGCAAGACAGCUACACUGAGGCAAGGGAGUAUUUGCAGAAAGCUCUUGGGUUGUUCGAGAACAUAGGAAACAGGCUUGGCAAAGCCCAAUGCAUGCGCAACCUUGGGAACAUUGUGCAGAUGCAAGGCAGCUACACUGAGGCAAUGGAGCAUCUGCAGGAAGCUCUUGGGUUGUUCAAGGAUGUAGGGGACAAGCUUGGUGAAGCACAAUGCAUGCAAAGCCUUGGAAAUGUCUUGUGGAUGCAAGAGAGCUACAUUGAGGCAAGGGAACAUCUGCAGGAAGCUCUUAGGCUUUUCAAGGACACUGGAGAUAGGCUUGGUGAAGCACAAUGUAUGCACAGUCUCGGUGAUAUAUUGCAGAUACAAAACAGCUACACUGAGGCAAGGGAGCAUCUGCAGGAAGCUCUUGGGCUGUUCAGGGAUAUAGGAGAUAGGCAUGGUGAAGCCCAAUGCAUGCACAGCCUUGGUGAGAUCUUUCAAAAGCAAGACAGCUACACCGAGGCAAGGGAGCACAUGCUGGAAGCUUCUGGGUUGUUCAAGGAGAUAGGAGACAGGCAUGGUGAGGCCCAAUGCAUGCACAGCCUUAGUGAGAUAUUGCAGAUGCAAGACAGCUACACUGAGGCAAGGGAGCAUCUGCAAGAAGCUCUUGGCUUGUUCAAGGACAUAGGAAACAGGCUUGGUGAAGCCCAAUGCUUGCAAAGCCUUGGUGAGAUAUUGCAGAUGCAAGACAGCUACACUGAGGCAAGGGAGCAUCUGGAGGAAGCUCUUCGGUUGUUCAAGGACGUAGGACACAGGCGUGGUGAAGCCCAAUGCAUGCACAGCCUUAGUGAGAUAUUGCAGAUGCAAGACAGCCACAUUGAGGCAAGGGAGCAUCUGCAAGAGGCAGUGCUUCGGUUCAAUAUGAUAGGGUAUCUGCAGGAUGUAUGA